AUGCAACUUCAAUUUCUCCAAAAAAUUUUCACAACAUUCACCGCAAUAAUAUGUGCAUUUGGAAUUCCAUUCAAUUUAUUAUCAUUUUUCAUUUAUACCCGUCCUUCAUUUCGAAAUCGAAGUAUAAAUAUAUUAUUGGCAGCUUUAUCAUUUUCUGAUUUGAAUUGUUGUUUGUUAACAGUUCCCGUAUUUGCUAAUUCUCAUUUAGAGAAUGUUUUGGAAACUUAUUUAAUUGCUUGUUCAACAUUUUAUUUAUAUCCUGUUAUAAUUAUGUUUCAAUCAUUGAGUGUUUGGUUAUUAGUUUCAAUAACUAUCGAUCGAUAUUUAGCAGUUUGUCAUCCAUUUAUGGUUAAUACUUAUUGCACAAAGUAAGUUCGCAAUCAAAAAUCCCCCUAUUUUUAAACAUUUUUUCUUACAGAAAUCGCGCAUUCAUAACAGUUGCAUUUGUUAUGAUUUUUAGUUUUGCUUACAAUUUUGUUCGAUAUUGGGAAUUCUCAAUAAUUAAACUCGAUCAAUUUAACCGAACAGGAAAACCAGAAAAUUACACAGGUUUUGAAAUAUUAUUGAUUAUCGUUUUUUUCUCUGAAAAUAUCAAUUUCCAGUAGUACCAAAUGAUCUGAUAAUAACAAAUCUUCGAGAAAAUACAACAUUUAUGUUAUGGUAUCAAAAUGUUGCGACACUUCUCUCACAAUUUCUUCUUCCUUUGGUUGUUUUAUGUGUUUUGAAUUUGAAAGUUGCUCGAACUAUUAUGAAAGCAUCAGAACAACGAAGAGAAUUAGUUGCAAGUGUUAAAAGAGAACAUUCAACUGCUAAAAUGAUGAUUAUGGUUGUAAUCGGUGAGUUACUGUAACUUGGGAAUUGGUGAAAAUUCUCGAAAUUUUUGCAAAUAUAUUUUAUUAUUCUCGAAAAAAAAAACGAUAAAUUAUAUUUAUGUAUAAUUUUUAAAGUUAUGAAAAACUACUCUGAUUAAACUAAAUAAUAAUUAUUAUUUUCAGUAUUCCUGGUUUGCUAUACAUUUUCAUUUGUUCUGAAUGUUCUCGAAGUGUUUUCUCCAUCAAUAUUUCAAUCGGAUCUUGGCUAUUUUCUGAAUGAUGUUAAUAAUAUUCUUAUAAUUAUCAAUUCCUCUUCUCCAUUUUAUUUUUAUUAUAAUUAUUCGACUCGUUUUCGAAAUCAAGCAAGACGUUUAUAUUUUCUCAAAUGGUGUUUCAGUCAAGAUUUGAAUAUUUAUGACACUGAAAAUGCAACAAGAAGCAAUAUGGAUACCAAAUUCAAAGGUUUAUUUAUUUUUUUUUAAACGGGGGAGGGGAGCACAAAAGUUAGGGCAACUUCAGAGAUUUUAGGAUUUUCGAGAUAAACCCCAUUCAUUAUUCAAAAGGUACCCUAACUUUUGAGAUUAUGAUAAAAUUUUGUGGUCUUUGAACUUUUCACAACUAAAAACUUUUUUUCAGAAUCAAUGGUUUCUUUGAAAGGUGAAGCAUCUACAAAUCCAACACCAACAAAUCGAUUGAGUCCACAAAUGUUCACAAAACCGUGUAAUAUUUAA